AGCAACAGAAACCCGCGUCUAUUAGCCAUGUUUACAGAUUAGCAUGUAUGUUUUUAUCUUUUCAAAUGCUCCUUCUCAUAAUAUUAAAACGGUCUUGAAUGUUAAUCGCGUUAUCUAGGAAAUGUUUCAACUUUGUCAGCUAAAUUCCUGACGUUUUCUGUGCGUGCCAGGACAUAUAGUACUGAUAUUAUGGGCAAACAAUUAUUCCGCUAUGUAGGUUUGGUUGUCAUUGUAUUCUAUUCUGGCGCCACUUUGGCUCAAGAAACAUCCACGGAUUCUUUUAAUAUUAGCUCUGAGACCGCAGCUCCAGACACCAAUGUUACCACGGAAGAGUUCACCUCCAGCCCCACUGAAAACGGCACUGUGCCCCCCACAGCCACUACUGUACUCUCUAAAGUCACGGACGCUCCCACUGUCUUGCCUUUGGACGCACAGGGUUGUUUGUGUGACUUGACCCCUGACUUCUGUGACAUUGGCUGCUGUUGUGACACAUGCGGUGUUACCAACCUGAGCACUGUAUUUACUGGAUGUUCAGAAAAAACAAUAUAUGGAGUUUGUGUUGAGAAGUGGCUAAUGUUUCGAGCAAAUGUGGAUUCAUCACUUGUCACUGUAACUGACUCCUUGUUUUGUGUCCAGCCUACAGAAAAAUUUGUGUCCACUACAGAGACUGCCCCUAACUUUCCUGCCUUGGGGGAUUCUUACCACUUUGUACCAUCAGAACAAAUGACAAUAACUUUCACCAGAGAUUUUUACCGGGUUGAUGAUUUGAUACUCACAUACUUCCCCAAGACAUCAGUUCGGGGCGUCCUUCGUCUUCCGUCCCCUGGUGCUGCAUCUGCUUUGUGCACUAAUCGCAACCCUGCAAAGUUUUUGAGGUCAUUGUCUUUCUCCUGUUCUCGUGAAGUAACUCUUCAGUCCUGCUCCACAGACCCCAUGAUCAGUGCCCAGUCCUACAUAUAUGAUUUGAACCUGAUUAAGCAUCCCAUUUCUGAAGCUGAUCCAGUCACUGACCUACUGAUUCCCGUCGUUCCAUCAUCUAAAUGGAAUGCACCGAGAAAACAAAACAACUCUUGUGUUAAUGUGGUCAAAAGGGUAGAAUUUGUAAUAGGAUACACAGAGAGAGGUGAAAUUUCAUCUGCAAAAGUUAAUAUGGUUUUAGCAAAUUUGGAUUUCAAACAGUUGCUGCUUCAGACACAUACACUGCAAUUCCAGCUAAUUCCAGAAACAUUUCCGGCAUCCACAGAACCAAUACCUGCUGUUGGACUCAAAUCGGGCUCUCCUGUUAUUGGGCGCUAUUACAUGGAUGUGAAGCCUCUCACUGUUAUUGGAGUGUCCCAAAAUGGUGCAUGCUCUAAUCCAAACACAAGGAAGCCUAUCCUCUUCGGGCACAACUCAAUAACCGGUUGUUCAUUUAAUUCCAUGGUUAACAAUUGUUCAGAUUUGCGCACCCAGAUUUAUGACAUCCAUCAGAGAGUUGCUAUUCCAGAUUUAGUUGCCAUGAAUUCGGGGUCUCAACCGGACUGGACAAGAGUCCUUAUUGAAGAGUGUCUUGUUGGUUCACAGGAGUCGUGUGAUACAGGCUGCACACUUCCACACACACUUUCUGUCCGAGUGCUUUGGGCUCAGCAGGGGCUUCUUGAACUUCCUCAACACUAUAUCUUGGGUGUCAAAUACAUGUUCCAUUGUAGUAUCUUUAAGUGUCCUCUCACGACCUCCCUCACUCUGUUCAAUGAAGUGACUUUUGUUGACACCACUCUUUACCCUGAACCCCCUGGAGGUGUACCACAGCUUCACUGGAGGUUUCCAUUUGGUUUCUUCAGCAGAGGCAUUGAUGAAGUAGAUGGACAUAUCCUUUCAAACAGCAGUGGAUCACAGACUGUAACAUGGAUCUUAAUAAUAUCCACAGUAAGGUUUAUAACAUGCUUAGUCUCAUAGAUGUAGCAAAAGUGAUGCUUGAUCUUGGAACUGUAUUCAUAUAUUUGUUCAUU